UAAUAAAGCGAGCGUUUUUAUAGCGCGAGAUGUAUGUAUUUCAUUGCUCCGAAAAGUGGCUAAAAAUUUGUUGACUGAUUUAUACUGGUUAGCUAUCUCUUCAUUAGCCUAGUUGAGUAAUUUUAAUUUAAGUAAAGUUUAAUUUAAAUUAAAUAGUCAAAACAGUUACAUUUACAUGUAACAUAGGCUAGGCUAUAAAACUAUAAUCAUACUAAAACUUAGUAAAACUAAUAUUACUUGUUACUUAACUUACUAACUUAUUAGUUAUUACUAAUAAUAAUAACUAGGUACUUGGAUAAAAUUUUCAAAUUGAAUUAAUUAAAAAAUGAACACACCUGUAAGAUAGCUCUUGUUAAAUGAAGUAAUAAUAUGUUUUCAUUUUUCAUGUAGCACUUUUGGUUAAAAAGUUAUGAUUUUUUUCGUGAAUAAAAACUCACUUUUUUUAACAUAGAGAUUUGUGACCUCUUUUCCAAAAAUUUUCACGAAAAGGCUGAUAACUUUAUAGCAGAGUAAACAAAUAUUAUGAAACUUUCCAGAAGUGUUCAUCAUCAUAUUAGCAACAUUUUUGCUGAUUUAAAAACUAAAAAAAUUAAAUAUAAUAUUUUAAAAAUAUUUUUAAUGUCAUUAUAAAAACUUCCACAAAAAAAAAUUAAAAAAUUAUUUAAAAAAAAUUAAGACCAAACGUAAUUUAUUUUUAAAAAGGAAAUAUAAUAGAGGCAAUAUUACAAUAAAAAUUAUGAUUUAACUUGAAAUGGAGCAGUAUCUGAUAAAAUAUUACUUAAUAUGUCUAUUAUUGUAUAGAUAUUGAAAUAAAACCUAAUAUUAAUUAAGAUGGAACUUGAUUGCUUAAGGCAUAAAAAAUGUCUUGGGCUUUCUUAUCUGUCAACUAUAGUUAAAUAAUACUGUUUCCGGUUUGUCACUUUCGUUUUCGGCCAUUUUUUUUUUUUUUUAAAUUUUUAGACCCGUUCUGGCCAAAAAUAACAUUGUUAUGGCCAUCUUAGAGACUUGAAAUUUUACAUGGUGAUAUUUUAUACAAUUUCACAGGUACACCAGGUCGAUUUAAAAUGGGACAACGAAUAGUUUUCAAAAUAUUGAUAAAUUAGACUUAGCUGCUUUCUCACAUUUUUUUUUAUUUACGACAUACUGAUAUUACUGAAAACAAAAUGGAUGUCGUUAAAGCCCGUUCAUUAACGUAACUAGAACAGUAAUUCGUUCGUUGAUCCGACGUUUCUAGCGCGAAAAAAUAAUUUUUUAGUGAACCCUAUCAUCCAGCACACCAAAAAAAGCGUCUCAAAACCCUAUGGGCCGCGAUUACGUCAAAAUAGCCUCAUAUCCAAGUACCUACUAAUAACUAAUAUAAUAAAUUAUAUUAUACUAAAAAUACUUAAACUUAACCCUUUCGGGACGGAGCCUUUUUGGGGUAUCUGUGGCAAAAAGACGGAGCAAUUUUUACAAACUCGGCACUCCCAUUGCUAACCUGAUUUGCAUAAUUUGUGCGUGAAAUUUUUUGUUAAACUGAGAUUAAACAUGAUUUACCACUGUAAAUUGUGUGAAUUUUUUGAUGGAUGAAGCAUGAAUAGAUCCUAACCCAUGUGUUUUGGGAAACUAGUCCCUUUAGACACCCCUGGCACAUAGUGUGACAUAGUACAUAGUUCUACUCUUUUUCCUGCCGGGGUACUUUUCGGUUGCUACAGACAGAACAGUCCUUUUCACCAUGACCAUAUUGUACACCCAAUUAUGGUUUAUUUCUCUCACAACCUGUGUAAAAAUUUGCAUAAAGUGCUCAAUUGGGGUGCUUAACUCAUGAGGCUUAUUUAUAGGCUCUAUUUUUUAUAAAAAUUAUAGGAGUCAUCUCCAUCCAAUUCAGAACCCCUAGUACUAAACCAAGGAAUCCCAACAUUAUCGUAAACAUAAUCAUUUUGAUUGUCUUCAUUACUUUCCUGGUUGUUUUCAUCAGUGUCAGAUUCACUGCUAGACAGCGAGAAAUUAGAAUACUAAGCACAAUUUGAUCAGAGUCACUGUUAGACAUACUCGAAUUUCAUGAUAUAACUAUACACACAAAAAAAAUUUCUGCACACAAAUAAAUCUAGUUCACCAUCAACGAAUGCCGCCAUUACAAUCUUGGGAUGUGCAGGAAUAUGUUGGAAUAAAUUUGAUUUGCUGCUACAACGCCAAGCCAGCUAAUCACUUGGCUCGAUUUAUCUGGCCAAUGGUUCGGACUUUUGUCUUUCCCGCUAGUCAACCUUGGGCCGAACCUUCCGUCCCAAGAUGGUUAAAUAAUUCUUUUAUUGCUUUAAUUGGUUGAACAUAAUAUAAAUUAAUUCAUUAGAAGUAGAGGCCGACCGAAUUUCGGUUUCGGCGCCGAAAGUGGCCAUUUUAUCACUUUCGGCCAAGUUUCGGUUUCUGCCGAAACUGAAAAGUUAACUUUCGGUUUAAUUUCGGUUCGGGCGGAAAGAGAAAAGUUAACUUUCGGUUUUUCUUCGGUUUCGGCCGAAAUUGACUUAGACUUUCGGCCAUCCGGCCGAAAGUGACUCAUGUUUUCGGUCAUUUAAUACUCAGCGAAAGCGAUAUUUAACAACAAAAUAAGCGACAUUUAAGAACAAAUUAAGCGAUCUUUGAGAACAAACUAAAUGAUAUUUAACAACAAACUAAACGACAUUUAUGAACAAACUAAACGAUAUUUAAAACAAACUAAGCGAUCUUUAAGAACUAUCUAAGCGAUCUUUAAUAACAAACUAAACGAUCUUAAAGAACAAACUAAACGAUUUUUAAGACCGAACUAAAUGAUCUUUAAGAUCAAAACAAAUGAUCUUUAAUAGGAAACUAAAUGAUUUAUAAGAAUAAACUAAGCGAUCUUUAACAGAAAACUAAAUGUUCUUUAGGAACAAACUAAAAGAUCUUUAAGAACAAACUAAUCGAUCUUAAGGAACAAAAUCAAUUAUCUUUAAGAACAAACUAAGCGAUCUUUGUGAAAAACUAAGCGAUCUUUAACAACAAACUAAGUGAUCUUUAACAACAAACCAGGCGAUCUUUAUGAACAAACUAACCGAUCUUUAAGAAAAAAUAAAGCGAUCAUUAACAAAAACUGGACGAUCUUAAACAACAAAUUAAGCGAUCAAUAACAACCAACUAAACGAUCUUUAAAAACAAAUUAAGCGAUAUUUUAGAACCACAAUUUUUAGAGACCCGGUUUAAAAAAAUAAUAUUUUGCAUUAUUUUCCAUUCCCCCCCCCCCCCACCUCAAUUUUUGCCAAAUUUUCUCCUAACAUACUAAUUAAAAAAAAUUGUAACGCAAUUUAAAUUACUUUUAUAUUAAAAUGGUAAAAUCCAAAGUAUUCAUUAGAUCAAGGGUCUCAAACUCAAAUCACCGGGGGGGGGGGGGGGCGCAGGAGGUAGUGUCUGAAUGAGAGUGGGCCGCAUCAAGUAAUCCACAAAAAAGCGACUACAACUGUUACAAUCUGCUCAACCUUUAUAAAUAACAAUAAAAUCAUUAAGGGUUCUCAAGAACUAGGAUUCACUUUCAUCCACCUACUCACUGUUGCAUUAAAAAAUAUAUAGAAACAUUACAAAAAAAAACCAAAAUUUGAUUAGUCGGUGAGAUUCGACUGACACCGUCGCGGAGAGUCACGUUAUAGCUAUGAGAAUGGGGGAAACGGGCCGGCGCAUUUACACUGAACUUUUCUGUCAUGUAGCGGGCCGCAAAAUAUCGUCUUGCGGGUCACAAAUGGCUCGCGGGCCGCGAGUUUGAGACCCCUAUAUUAGAUGUUUAUUUAUUAAUAUUCACAAUUAUCACAUUUUUAUAAAAAGAAUGUAAAUAUUUAUACUUUCCCACAUCAUUUUCGAUGUAUGCAAAAUGUAUGCGGGAACGAAUUUCAAAAUAUCUAAAUAUUUCAUCUUCGGUUUCGGCCGAAAUUCAUUUUUAACUUUCGGUCUUUUUUCGGUUUCGGCCGAAAGUCAUUUUUAAACUUUUGGCAUUUUUUAGGUUUCGGCCAAAAGUCAUUUUAAACUUUCGGCCUAUUUUCGGCUUCGGCCGAAAUCAGAAAAUCACUUUCGGUCGGCCUCUAAUUAGAAGUCACCGGAUCACACCCUUUAACUCUUGACACUUUAACUUUAAUAACUUUUAUUUGAUGAUUGAUGCUUUAAACAAAAUUCAAAAAGGUACAUGCAAAGAGAUGUAGCCGUGACCUGAACCCUAAAUUUAUCCCUAACCUGGGUUUUGACCCUAUCGGAACCAGGGUUUUGACCCAAGCGGAACAGGGUUUUGACCCUCUCCCUAAUCUAGAUUUUGACCCAGAAGACUAGGAAAAUAAAAAAAAACAAUAAAAAAUGGCAAAAAAUAAGAAUAAAAUUAAGAAAUAAUGAAAACCCAACUUACAGUUUCAUAGAAAACACUUUUACUUUUACACACUUUAUUUCAGGUUCCACCGAAAAUAAUAUCCACAAAAUGAAUAAACUACAAAGUCUGCCAUGAACAAGUCGUUUCAAAAUGGUGGAACACAUAAAAAAUAUUAUAAUUGGCCAACCAAUGAAAUUUUAAAAUUAUAAUUAAUCAACCAAUAAAAAUUUAAUUAAAACGUGCCAUUGUCAUAUUACCGUAAUGAAAAUAUAACUCUAUUAAAUAAAAAAUCAGGGGAGUGAAUCCAAAACACGCAAAGGACAUCAUGGCGACAUCUCUUAGCAUUAGCCAAAACAUGUAGUAAUUACUAUACAUUGUACAAUUUGUUGGCAUGGUAUUACCAAUUUAAAAAUUACAGGAAAUAAGUAGGCUAGGCUAGUAGGCUAAAUCCUUGCACGGUUUUAUAAUAUUUAGAUUUUAGAUUGAUAAUAAUUAUAAUAUUAUUAAUUAUGAUAAUUCAUUGGGCAUUAUCGGGCUUGGCUUCCUAUGCUAUUUCAUUUAUAAUUGGCAGUGUCUACACUACCGGCGACCGGACAAAUAGUGCUGGAGAUAUUAUUCCGGCAGACAUGUCAUGUGACAAGAGGUCGCCGGCAAAAUUUAAAAAAAGAAAGUCUGUUAUCUUGGUUUAAAUAACUUAUAAAGCACUCCCUAGUAGCCUCAAUUUAAAAUGUGAACCAAAGAAAAUAAGACCAAUACUUGCCAGUUGACUGUCAAUAGACCUACUGUCAAAAAAGUUUUAUUUUAGGCUAUUAACAUUGUGGGAGACGUGGGCUUUAUUAAGAUGUAGGGUCUAUUUCUUUGUGAACUUUCGACCUCCCUGCUUUAAUUAUUAUCACCCUCACUAUCAUUUUUAUUCUUUCUCUCUCGCUCUCAGUAUUUCUUCCUUCUAGUAUGCAUUGCUCCUCCCCCCCCCCCCCCCGCCCAUUUCUUGAAAUGAAGUGUAUACUCAUCGCCCCCCAUGCGUCUCCGAUGCCAGUUUUAUGAUCGACUCUUAGCUGGUCACGUGACAAGGCUGAUGGACGGAUAUCUGGCCCAACUUUGUUACGGCGGUCAUGUGACCUGGUAGCCGGACGAAUAUCUAGAGAACUAUUUAUCCGGUCGCCGGACAUGUAGACACUUUGUUUAUAAUUAGGUGAAUCUACCACAUCAGCGUUGGUUGUGCAAAAAAUCCUUUUAUUCUGGUUUGAAGUGCUAUUUAAAUGGUAAUAGUUUUAUUGAUAAGAAUGAAAUACAAUUAUUUUAUUGAUACCGUACACAAGAAAGGAAAUGUUUUUUAUGACAUUACACAUAUUCAUUUUAGCACAUAUGUAAUUAAUCCAAGACAAAGUUUUUAAAAUAUAAACAUUAAAAUAAUUACAUGUAUCAAAAGACAGAGUUUUAGAUUAUGCAGAGCUCUCCCCUAGGGUAACAACAUGGGGGUGCCGAGGUUUGUGAUUUUUAUAUUUGAGGGGGGGGGGGGGGCUAACUUUGUGAUGACAGGGGGAGGGGGGUAAUUAAAUGUGUACAAUUUGUUUGACAUCAUUUUUCGAACUUUUUUCAUCGGCUUUUUUGAAGUUUAAAUUUUUGCUAAAGAAUGAGGUUUGUGAUUUUUAUAUUUGAGGGGGGGGGGGGGGCUAACUUUGUGAUGACAGGGGGGGGAGGGUAAUUAAAUGUGUACAAUUUGCUUGACAUCAUUUUUCGGACUUCUUUCAACGGCUAUUAUGAAGUUUAAAUUUUUGCUAAAGAAAAAGAAGUUUUGUUAAAAUGUAAAAAUAUUAAGCUGUUAAUUAUUCAAGAUAGAAUUUUGACUGAACUGAAAGAUUUUAUUUAAAUGAAGCAUAUAAAGAAAAAGCCAUCUAUAAAGUUAGGAAAGCUCUGCUUUGCUUUUCCCCAACUUAAAUUGUAACUAGUAUGUUGGUCACUUAUGAGAUUUCAAUUCUAGACAACAUGUGGGAUUUUACUUGAGAAGAAAUUCAACAAACUAAUGCGUUAGAAUCUAUUUAAUAAAUGCACUGUUUUAUUUUCUAGAAAAUGCCGGCUGUUAUAUGUAAUGGCCCACUUGAAGAACAACUUCCAUCGAACCUGGCACCAGUGUACAUAGCCUCAUUGAAAGAAAAUACUGAUCUCACUGGGAAAUAUUUGAAGGUUAGUCCAUACGAAAAAUAGAGCAAUUGAUUUAGAACAGUGUUUCCUAGAGUUUUAUUUGCGGACUGGCGCAUUUCCACGAGCCUUACGUUGCUGCUUUACACAACAUUGAUAUUAAUGGUCAAAUGAAAGGAUACAAACUUACGUUGCUGCUUUACACAACAUUGAUAUUAAUGGUCAAAUGAAAGGAUAAAAAUAAUUCAUGAAUCUGGCACCGGUUCCCUGGUGCAAUUUCAAAACUUGUCCAGCUGCUUGGUCUGCCAAACUUCAGAAUAUAUGUAUGAUUCUUAGUGGUAAAUAUUUGAAGGUUAACCCAAUUUUCCCAUCCCCAUCAUAGUAAGAUACUUUAUUAAUGGUAAUAACCCUCAUCAUAUAAUCUUUGAGUCGAUGGCAAAGCUGUUUUCUUGAUGGCAAAGCUGUUUUCUUGAUGGCAAAGCUGUUUUCUUGAUGGCAAAGCUGUUUUCUUGAUGGCAAAGCUGUUUUCUCUUUCAUUUGAUGAUUUAAUAAGACUUUCUCAUAUUUCUUUAGCUCUAGAAUUUUAGAUUUUAAAUUUUAUUAAAUGUCAGGUGGCAAUCACUUAUCUUGUAUUUGUAAUAUUUUUCAAUUCCUAAAGGCAACUCAUGAAUGAAGAUUAUAUCAUGAUAUCAUAUUAAAGGCUCUUAUAAGAUUAUAUCAUCAUAUCAUAUGUGGCACAAUAAAGGCUCUUAUAAAGUUUGUUGCAAAAAUAUUUACCUUUUCUUCACAUUUUACUAAUCUCAGUUAAAUUGUAUUGCUCAAGAUACUAAGGAUAACAUAUCUUAUUCCACUAUAAACUGAAGACAUUAAGGACAACAUGUCUUGUUCCACUAUUAACUUUACACAUUUGAAUGUUUGCCAAAUUAUCAUUUCUUCUUCCCACUUUCCUUAGGCUACUAUUCUGCAGGUCUUUACUCUAUACAGAUAUGAAGUGCCAUCAUUGAAAAUAUCUAUCAUAGACGGUAAGCACAUUUUAAGUAAAUAUAAACUGAUCAUUAACAAUUCUCUAGGUCUGCCCCUAAAUAAAUUAGUAGAGCAAUUUCUUUAAAAAAGAAAACUCUGUAUUUUUUUAAUUAAAAGUCUGUUGUAGUUACUGAUGUCACUAUAACUGUGUGAUACUGAUGUCACUAUAUCUGUGUGUUACUGAUGUCACUAUAACUGUGUGAUUCCGAUGUCACUAUAACUGUGUGAUUCUGAUGUCACUAUAUCUGUGUGUUACUGAUGUCACUAGAUGUCCUAAUUCGCGAACUACUAUUUGCGGAUGAUGCGGCACUAACAGCACACACAGAAAUUGGUUUGCAACAACUCGUGUCAAGCUUCUCCAAUGCCUGCAAAGAAUUUGGUCUGCAAAUCAGCUUGAAAAAGACAAACAUCAUGGCCCAAGACACUCGACCUCCACCUAACAUAAAAAUCGAUAAUGAAAACUUGGAGGUUGUGGACAGUUUCACCUACUUGGGGUCCAAGGUCUCCAAUACACUGUCCAUUGAAGAAGAAAUCAACAGCAGAAUCGGCAAGGCAGCUGCCACAAUGGCUAAACUAAAUAAACGGGUCUGGCAAAACACCAAGCUAACGGAGAAAACCAAACUGUGCGUAUAUCGAGCUUGUGUCAUCAGUACACUACUAUACGGGAGCGAGACAUGGACCACCUAUACAUCCCAAGAGCGCAAGCUUAAUAGCUUCCAUAUGAGAUGCCUGCGUCGCAUCCUUGGUAUUAAAUGGCUAACUUGCUUCUGGAAAGAGGAAAACAGGUCGCCCACGUCUGCGAUUUAAAGAUGUCUGUCAAAGGGACAUGAAAGCAGCCAAAAUACAUACAAGUGACUGGGAGUGUAAGGCAAAAGACCGAUCUACGUGGCGCACAGUUGUCAAAGAGGGCGUCAUGGUAGCCAAGGAACGAAGAAUGGAAGAGGCUGCAGACAGAAGAGCUAGGAGAAAGGCCAAAACAUUUGGAAGCACGGAACUCGUGUGUAAAAACUGUGGUAAAGACUGUCACUCAAGGAUAGGACUGCACAGCCACUCGAGAAAAUGCAACCCAAACCAACGGUGAUGCACCAUCGUCUCACGAGACGGAAGGAUCCCGGACUGAUGUCACUAUAUCUGUGUGUUACUGAUGUCACUAUAACUGUGUUACUGAUUCACUAUAACUGUGUUACUGAUGUCACUAUAACUGUGUGAUACUGAUGUCACUUUAACUGUGUGUUACUGAUGUCACUAUAUCUGUGUGUUACUGAUGUCACUUUAACUGUGUUACUGAUGUCACUUUAACUGUGUUACUGAUGUCACUAUAACUGUGUUACUGAUGUCACUAUAACUGUGUGUUACUGAUGUCACUUUAACUGUGAGUUACUGAUGUCACUAUAUCUGUGUGUUACUGAUGUCACUUUAACUGUGUGAUACUGAUGUCACUUUAACUGUGUGAUACUGAUGUCACUUUAACUGUGUGUUACUGAUGUCACUAUAUCUGUGUGUUACUGAUGUCACUUUAACUGUGUGUUACUGAUGUCACUUUAACUGUGUGUUACUGAUGUCACUAUAACUGUGUGUUACUGAUGUCACUAUAUCUGUGUGUUACUGAUGUCACUAUAACUGUGUUACUGAUGUCACUAUAACUGUGUGUUACUGAUGUCACUAUAUCUGUGUGUUACUGAUGUCACUAUAACUGUGUUACUGAUGUCACUAUAACUGUGUGUUACUGAUGUCACUAUAUCUGUGUGUUACUGAUGUCACUUUAACUGUGUUACUGAUGUCACUAUAUCUGUGUGUUACUGAUGUCACUUUAACUGUGUGUUACUGAUGUCACUUUAACUGUGUGAUACUGAUGUCACUUUAACUGUGUGUUACUGAUGUCACUAUAUCUGUGUGUUACUGAUGUCACUAUAACUGUGUUACUGAUGUCACUUUAACUGUGUUACUGAUGUCACUAUAACUGUGUUACUGAUGUCACUAUAACUGUGUUACUGAUGUCACUAUAACUGUGUGUUACUGAUGUCACUUUAACUGUGUGUUACUGAUGUCACUAUAACUGUGUUACUGAUGUCACUAUAUCUGUGUGUUACUGAUGUCACUAUAUCUGUGUGUUACUGAUGUCACUAUAACUGUGUUACUGAUGUCACUUUAACUGUGUUACUGAUGUAACUAUAACUGUGUUACUGAUGUCACUAUAACUGUGUUACUGAUGUCACUAUAACUGUGUUACUGAUGUCACUAUAACUGUGUGUUACUGAUGUCACUUUAACUGUGUUACUGAUGUCACUAUAUCUGUGUGUUACUGAUGUCACUAUAACUGUGUUACUGAUGUCACUAUAUCUGUGUGUUACUGAUGUCACUAUAACUGUGUUACUGAUGUCACUUUAACUGUGUUACUGAUGUCACUAUAACUGUGUGUUACUGAUGUCACUAUAUCUGUGUGUUACUGAUGUCACUAUAACUGUGUUACUGAUGUCACUAUAUCUGUGUGUUACUGAUGUCACUAUAACUGUGUUACUGAUGUCACUAUAACUGUGUGUUACUGAUGUCACUAUAACUGUGUUACUGAUGUCACUAUAUCUGUGUGUUACUGAUGUCACUAUAACUGUGUUACUGAUGUCACUUUAACUGUGUUACUGAUGUCACUAUAACUGUGUUACUGAUGUCACUUUAACUGUGUUACUGAUGUCACUAUAACUGUGUGUUACUGAUGUCACUAUAACUGUGUUACUGAUGUCACUAUAACUGUGUUACUGAUGUCACUAUAACUGUGUUACUGAUGUCACUUUAACUGUGUUUCUGAUGUCACUAUAACUGUGUUACUGAUGUCACUAUAACUGUGUUACUGAUGUCACUAUAACUGUGUUACUGAUGUCACUAUAACUGUGUUACUGAUGUCACUAUAACUGUGUUACUGAUGUCACUAUAACUGUGUUACUGAUGUCACUAUAACUGUGUUACUGAUGUCACUAUAACUGUGUUACUGAUGUCACUAUAACUGUGUUACUGAUGUCACUAUAACUGUGUUACUGAUGUCACUAUAACUGUGUUACUGAUGUCACUAUAACUGUGUUACUGAUGUCACUAUAACUGUGUUACUGAUGUCACUAUAACUGUGUUACUGAUGUCACUAUAACUGUGUUACUGAUGUCACUAUAACUGUGUUACUGAUGUCACUAUAACUGUGUUACUGAUGUCACUAUAACUGUGUUACUGAUGUCACUAUAACUGUGUUACUGAUGUCACUAUAACUGUGUUACUGAUGUCACUAUAACUGUGUUACUGAUGUCACUAUAACUGUGUUACUGAUGUCACUAUAACUGUGUUACUGAUGUCACUAUAACUGUGUUACUGAUGUCACUAUAACUGUGUUACUGAUGUCACUAUAACUGUGUUACUGAUGUCACUAUAACUGUGUUACUGAUGUCACUAUAACUGUGUUACUGAUGUCACUAUAACUGUGUUACUGAUGUCACUAUAACUGUGUUACUGAUGUCACUAUAACUGUGUUACUGAUGUCACUAUAACUGUGUUACUGAUGUCACUAUAACUGUGUUACUGAUGUCACUAUAACUGUGUUACUGAUGUCACUAUAACUGUGUUACUGAUGUCACUAUAACUGUGUUACUGAUGUCACUAUAACUGUGUUACUGAUGUCACUAUAACUGUGUUACUGAUGUCACUAUAACUGUGUUACUGAUGUCACUAUAACUGUGUUACUGAUGUCACUAUAACUGUGUUACUGAUGUCACUAUAACUGUGUUACUGAUGUAACUAUAUCUGUAUGUUACUGAUGUCACUAUAACUGUGUGUUUCUGAUGUCACUAUAUCUGUGUGUUACUGAUGUCACUAUAACUGUGUUACUGAUGUAACUAUAACUGUAUGUUACUGAUGUCACUAUAACUGUGUGUUACUGAUGUCACUAUAACUGUGUUACUGAUGUCACUAUAACUGUGUUACUGAUGUAACUAUAACUGUAUGUUACUGAUGUCACUAUAACUGUGUGUUACUGAUGUCACUAUAACUGUGUGUUUCUGAUGUCACUAUAACUGUGUGUUACUGAUGUCACUAUAACUGUGUUACUGAUGUCACUAUAACUGUGUUACUGAUGUCACUAUAACUGUGUUACUGAUGUCACUAUAACUGUGUUACUGAUGUCACUAUAACUGUGUGUUUACCACAGACCAAGGGGGCACAGUGGAUGUACUUGCUCUUGGACAGGCUGCUAUUGAUCUAAGCACAUGUGUGAAAGGAGUAAGUAUCAUGAAAUCUUAAAAGGGGUAAGCAUCAUGACUUCCUAAAAGGCUUAAUCAUUAUCACACCCUAAAAGAUGUAAACAUUACACCCUGAAAGGGGUAAACAUCAUGACAUCCUGAAAGGGGUAAACAUCAUGACAUCCUGAAAGGGGUAAGCAUCAUGACAUCCUGAAAGGAGCAAGCAGCAUGACAUCCUGAAAGGGGCAAGCAUCAUGACAUCCUGAAAGGGGUAAGCAUCAUGACAUCCUGAAAGGUGUUAGCAGCAUGACAUCCUGAAAGGGGUAACAUCAUGACAUACUAAAAAGGCUAAUGUAUAAUGAUAUCCUGAAAGGGGAGGGGCAAGCAACAUGGCAUCCUGAAAGGGUAAGCAUCAUGACACCCUAAGAGGGCCAAGUAUAAUAAUAUCUUAAAAAGGGAAGCAUCAUGACAUCCUAAAAGGGCUAAGUAUAAUGACAUCCUAAAAGGGCUAAGUAUAAUGACAUCCUAAAAGGGCUAAGUAUAAUGACAUCCUAAAAGGGCUAAGUAUAAUGACAUCCUAAAAGGGCUAAGUAUAAUGACAUCCUAAAAGGGCUAAGUAUAAUGACAUCCUAAAAGGGCUAAGUAUAAUGACAUCCUAAAAGGGGAAGCUUCAUGAUAUUCACAUUUAAUCAAGCACAGAAACAAACUUUAUUCAUUUCUUCAAGGUUUGGUUGUUGUCUAUUUCAUAAAAUGUCUCAUAAUAUUGACCUAGAUUAAUUUACUAAGCCAUUAUUUUUUAUUGUGUUGUUGAUUAGCCGAAUGUAAGUUGAUGGUCUCAUUUCCAAUGCUACAUGAUGACUAGUUCAUUGGCUGAAUGUAAGUUGAUGGUCUCAUUUCCAAUGCUACACAAUUGGCUGAAUGUAAGUUGAUGGUCUCAUUUCUAAUGCUACAUGAUGUCCCGUUCAUUGGUUGAAUGUAAGUUGAUGGUAUCUUUACUCAUGCUGCAUGAUGACCAGAACACACAUCAACUCGUAAGAGUGCACAAUUAAAUAAACUUUUAAAAUUUCAUGUGAUAGGCCUACCAUAGUGCUCUUGUUCCUUUUGAUCAUAGAUUAUCAUAUUGUUAACAUUCCUAAUGAUUAUAGGUUGACCAUAUUGUUAACAUUCCUAAUGAUUAUAGGUUGACCAUAUUGUUUACAUUUCUAAUGAUUAUUGGUUUACCACAAUGUUUACUUCCCCAUUGAUCAUAGAUUUACCAUAUUAUAUACAUUCCUAAUGAUUAUAAUGCUAGGGUAGGAGCUGAUCAGGAAGCCUGGCCGUCAUGUUUUGGUUAUCACGGAUUAGGAAGGAUUAAUGAAAACGGAAAAUGUCUGCUGGAGUUGUGCUGCUCCCAUGGUCUCUGUGUUACAAAUACCUUCUUCAAAUGUAAACAAAUCCAAAACGUGUCAUGGCGACACCCACGUUCCCGCCACUGGCACCAGCUAGACCUUGUCAUUACUGCGCGCGUGGAGCUAACCAGUGUACUUCAUACAAGCAGCUACCAUAGUGGCAUUCUCUCGUGGCAAGCAAGAUACGACUAAUGCCCAAAAAAUUGCAUAAUGCUAAAAAGAAGUGUCGUCCACAAAUUAACAUCCACUGCUCAAAAAACCCAGAAAAAACGCAGCAAUUCUCAAAAGUGUUGCAGGACACCCUUGCUAAAGGAUCACACGAUGGAACUAUUGACUCUACGUGGAGUCAUUUACGAGAUGCUGUGUACGAUUCAGUCAUGUCCGCCUAUGGUAAAAUGGAGCAUAAAAAUAAUGACUGGUACGAGGCGCAUUGGAAUGUGAUGGAACCAGUAAUCGAGAGGAAGAGAAGAGCCCUACUUGCCUAUAGGGAUGCACCUUGUGCUAUUACACUACAGGCUCUCUGAACCGCAAAAAAUUUGCAACUUUAUACAAUCGGCUUCCGACAAUGGAGAUGCAAGGAGCAUCUCACACAGAAGAAGGUCUGCAGGGGCUGGUUAAUCGUCUAUCACAUGCUUGUAAAGAGUUUGGACUUUCGAUUAGUCUACAGAAAACUUAUGUAAUGAUGCAAGAAGCACCGUCCCCUCCAAUCAUAUCUAUUGAAGGUCAUAAUCUUUCGGUUGUUGAUCAUCUCACAUACCUUGGAUCCAAUAUUUCUAGUUCUCUCUCCGUUGAUGAAGAGAUAAAUAUCAGGAUCGCAAAAGCAGCAGUAACUAUGGCUAAACUGAAUAAGCGUGUGUGGAAUAAUCUCAAUCUAACUGAUAAAACAAAAAUAAGUGUCUAUCAGGCAUGUGUGCUUAAUACGCUCCUAUAUGGUAGCGAAGUGUGGACCACAUAUAGUCUACCUGUCAGGAGCGGAAACUCAACAGCUUCCAUCAAAGAUGUCUGCGUCUCAUUUUACGCAUUCGUUGGCAGGACAGGGUGCCUAACGUGGAGGUCUUGGAACCUGCACACAUGUUUAGCAUAUUCUCCUUUCUUAUCAAGAGGCGCCUUCGCUGAUUAGGCCAUGUAAGGAGAAUGGAGGAAGGACGUAUCCCAAAGAUGCUGCUGUAUGUAGAGUUGGCAGAAGGGACAAGACAUAUUGGACACCCACGCCUGAGAUUUAUUGAGGUUUUUAGAAGAAGCAUGAGGGAAGCCAAUAUUGAAAAAAACGAAUGGGAGUUCAUUGCCGAACAACACUCCAACUGGCGAACGGCAGUGUUUGGAGUUAAAAAGGCAGAAGAUACUCGAAACGAGGCCCUUGAAACAAAAAGAACAAUUUGGAAAUCAAGAUCUUACCCGGAAUCAAUAUUCUCCUGCGAGAGAUGCGGCCAUGAUUGUCAUUCUAGGAUUGGCCUAGUGAACCACUCGUCAAAGUGUAGGACUAUGUAGCUACUCCAUCGUCUCACGAAGACGGAAGGAAGCCAUAAAUAUAUUGAUCAUAGUUUGACCGUAUUGUUUACAUUCUUACUUCCUUCAAAUUAUUGAUCUAAUUUUACUUUUUCUCUCCACAGGACAUUUUGUGUUUCAUAAAAUUUGAAGUUGAAAAAACUCCAGGCCACCAUAAGAAGCCUUACGUUGUCAUUGUGGAUGACACUAAUGAUGAACCCUCACUAACAUGGGUUGGUUGCUUUUACUCUUUGAAUUUCUAUCAUAAAUACUUGUCUGGCUAGUUUCAACAGCAAGGAUUGAAACGUUGCUAGUUCUUUGUAUCAUAUAUAAUAUAAUUGACUGGCUAGUUUCAACAGCAACAAUUGCAAUGAUGCUAGUUCUUUGUAUCAUAUAUUUUAUUGUCUAGUUAAUUCAUUUAUAAUUAUGUAGCUACUUCAUGUAAAAUUGUGUAGCUAAUUUCGAAUAUAAUUUUCUAGCUAAUUCAUUUAUAAUUCUUUAGCUAAUUCAUUUAUAAUUGUCUAGCUUGUUUCAACAGCAAAAAAUAAAGUGUAGUGGUAGUUCUUGGUUUAUUCUGUGGGAUAUUGAGAUUUACAAUGUCAAUUUUUGAGAUGUACAAUGGUGAUUAUAGAGAUAUACUAUUUUGAUUAUUGAGAUGUACUAUGUUGAUUGAGAUCAGACCUGUUUUCUCUUACAUUUUUUACAUACAAUUUUACGCUGAGACCGGUCAGAAGUAAUUUUUAAGAGACCUUGUUAACCCACAAACUGUGUGGGAGCUUUUCGAGUGCCUUUAGAAAUAGCAUUAAAUGAAAUAGAAAUAUUGAUACAAGACCCCAAUUUUUAGAAAGGUAAAUGGAUGGGGAUAAGGUUGGCUUAUAAUGCCCACCUGUUCAAAUUGUUCGUUCAGUGUCCUUGACCUUGGAGUGCUCAAGAAAAAAAAAAUCAAAAUAUCUUGCUUUCAAGUGCUCAUAACAUCAUUAAUUUUGAUAGAUUCCAUUAAAAUACUAAUCUAAAUGUGGUAGCCAAUUGAUUUAUCUUUCAAAAAAUGUAUAGUUUGCUACGGUUUUUAUUACAAUUAAACCUCUGAAAGCAAUUUUAGUAAUUUGAGGUCAUUUAUUACUGAAAAAAAAAAGAAAAUGGGACCACAGCUAAGUACAACAAAUCCCAGGCAAAAAAGUUAUUAUUGACUAGUAAACAUUUAAAAAGUAACUGUGGAACUGAUUUGGGUUGUUUAACUAUAAAAUUUAUUAGUUCUGAUCUAUAAUCUGUAGCUUCUGUGAUUAAAAUUCAGUCAGUCCUAACCCAACUUCUGGUCCUGGCUAGAAUUCAGUAGGGCUACUUCAGCAUCUCUAAGCCUAGUAUCAGAUUCCUGAAUGAAGAAUCUGAAGUGAGAUGUUACGGGCAAUGUUAAAAUCAUCAUCUGUAUCACUUAAAUCCUCUCCUAAAAAGCUUUCAAACAUAAUUCUAUUAGUUCUUGCCCUGAAGGGCCAGCCAUGGCUUUCAAACAUAUUUCUAUUAGUUUUUGCACUGAAGGGCCAGCCAUGGCUUUCAAACAUAUUUCUAUUAGUUCUUGCACUGAAGGGCCAGCCAUGGCUUUCAAACAUAUUUCUAUUAGUUCUUGUACUGAAGGGCCAGCCAUGGCUUUCAAACAUAUUUCUAUUAGUUCUUGUACUGAAGGGCCAGCCAUGGCUUUCAAACAUAUUUCUAUUAGUUCUUGUACUGAAGGGCCAGCCAUGGCUUUCAAACAUAUUUCUAUUAGUUCUUGUACUGAAGGGCCAGCCAUGGCUUUCAAACAUAUUUCUAUUAGUUCUUGUACUGAAGGGCCAGCCAUGGCUUUCAAACAUAUUUCUAUUAGUUCUUGUACUGAAGGGCCAGCCAUGGCUUUCAAACAUAUUUCUAUUAGUUCUUGUACUGAAGGGCCAGCCAUGGCUUUCAAACAUAUUUCUAUUAGUUCUUGUACUGAAGGGCCAGCCAUGGCUUUCAAACAUAUUUCUAUUAGUUCUUGUACUGAAGGGCCAGCCAUGGCUUUCAAACAUAUUUCUAUUAGUUCUUGUACUGAAGGGCCAGCCAUGGCUUUCAAACAUAUUUCUAUUAGUUCUUGUACUGAAGGGCCAGCCAUGGCUUUCAAACAUAUUUCUAUUAGUUCUUGUACUGAAGGGCCAGCCAUGGCUUUCAAACAUAUUUCUAUUAGUUCUUGUACUGAAGGGCCAGCCAUGGCUUUCAAACAUAUUUCUAUUAGUUCUUGUACUGAAGGGCCAGCCAUGGCUUUCAAACAUAUUUCUAUUAGUUCUUGUACUGAAGGGCCAGCCAUGGCUUUCAAACAUAUUUCUAUUAGUUCUUGUACUGAAGGGCCAGCCAUGGCUUUCAAACAUAUUUCUAUUAGUUCUUGUACUGAAGGGCCAGCCAUGGCUUUCAAACAUAUUUCUAUUAGUUCUUGUACUGAAGGGCCAGCCAUGGCUUUCAAACAUAUUUCUAUUAGUUCUUGUACUGAAGGGCCAGCCAUGGCUUUCAAACAUAUUUCUAUUAGUUCUUGUACUGAAUGACCCCAGCCAUGGCUUUCAAACAUAUUUCUAUUAGUUCUUGUACUGAAUGACCCCAGCCAUGGCUUUCAAACAUAUUUCUAUUAGUUCUUGCACUGAAUGACCCCAGCCAUGGCUUCAGCUAUUUUAGCUUUUAAAAAAACAGGGAUAUAAAAUUCUGAUUAAAAAGUAGUCAUUUUUACCAACAAUCAGCUUGACCCAGAAGAUCAUUGAAUUAUUAAAAAGGUAGUGACUAUAAUUAAUUCCGGUUAAUGUUGCUAUCGGACUGUGUUUUUUUAUCGGCCGCCACUGUACAGAACGAAAAUAUCUUAUGAUUUUUUUCGGCGGACCACAGGUCGUGGGUUAACUAUCUAUCCCCUGUACGAUUUUAAUACUAAGAAAACUUUGUGUCACCAUAUCACUCCCCCCUUCUACAUUACAGCUUGUGGUAGUUAUUAGACUAUAAAAAUGUCAAACGAAAAGAAUUCAGGUUCCUAUUAGAUAGAGGACGGCACACUUGGUUCCGCUGAACAAAAUAAUUAGAUCACCAGCACGGACAGAUGCAUGGUGGACUACUGUUUUUGCCACUUGGCUAAAUAUUACUACAGAUGAUAGUUGGCCUCAUGAGAGACUGUCAGGAUAACUAGUGCAGAAUUUAUGCAUAAAUGUUUGUACAUUCUGGUGACAACACACCCCAACCCCCAAAAAAACAACCAAACUUCUAUUAUGCAAGCUCAGUGCAUCCCCAAUGUAUGGAUGGCCCCAUUACAUAACCAGGGUAUGGGAGAGGGUAUCAAUAUAUUAGAUUAACAAUAUUUUAUGUGUACGUUGUAUGUAGUUGUCCCAUUAAACCAAUCAGCUCUGGCGUUCAAAUUUAGCUCCAGUGAAAGGCGUAUACCUUGCAUGGAUGAUUCUAAUGUUACCAGCCACAUGGAAUUGCCACUUCUUUUUCAAGACAAAGAAUUAAAAAAAAAAAAUUCAUUCUCAACUGCUCAGAACAGCAGCGUUAGAUUUUGACAUAUUUUAUAAGAUCUAGUAAGUGGCAGUUGAAAUCUAUUUUUAGAAGUCACCAAGCAGCUGUAUAAUUUUAUUGCCCUAUUUUGUUUCUAGCACGCCUCUUCCCUUCUCCUGAUAAAGCUGUUGUGGUUAUUAUAGACGUAUAAUAUGUUGACAGAAAAUAAAAUCAGGCUCCUUUGUUGACUGCGGGGAUGGGCAACCCACGGCCAGCCUCCUUUAAUAUUUGGCCCGCAGAAUGUAUCACUAAUGAACCUAUUUCUUCAUUGAUUCAAUUCAAUUUAAUUUUUCGCAUAAACGCACAUCUAGACAUAUGCAUCAUUUUCUGUGGACGGUACCAGCCGUUUUGAUGUACCCGUCCCAUUUUUGGACUGAUUUGAAAAAAUUAGAUUGAAAUUAAUAAUAAAUUAUAAACAAUUGCACUAUUUAGGAACUACUAACAUAAAAAGGAAUUAUUAUAAACAAUGCUAGGUAUGAGGAACCUACAUUUUCAAAAGAAUUAUGAUUAACUGUAGAAUGAUGCAAAACUUUAUUCAGGUAUAUUCAAAAGUGCAUCCCGUUAUCUUUAAUUUAUUCAAAAAUUUCUGGGCAUCGCCUCCUCCCCAAACCCCCCCCCUUUUUUUGCCCAGCUGCCUUAGCGGGCCCCGUCAAUUUCUGCCCCCCCCCCCCCUGCAAAUUAUGGGCACAUUUUUAUUUGCAGUACUGCACUCUAUAUAAACAUAUAAAUGUCAGUCAUCCACUUUGAGAAGUGACCUUUAUUAGACAUGCAAUGCAAAUAGUUAUUGUAUACUUUAUACUGAAUGUUUAUUUUUUUACUAUUAAUAACAUCACAUUGAAAAUGGCGUAGGUGGGUCGUUGAGCUCUUAAUACCCUCCCCCUUGGUACACAUUCACACAAGCCAGACGUCGGAUCUCCCUGCCGACAGACAGCGCGGCAGCACGCCGGGAACUUCCCACCUGGUCUGGGGAAUGUCUAGUUGAAUGAAAACACUGCGUUUAAAGCAUUCGCGGUCCACUCUCCCGUGGGUAAUGGCAGCUUUUCUUCCACUCAGGGGAAAGGUGUUGCGUUACCACCCCCACCGCCCUGGGAGUCGUUCGGUCAGGAAGAAAGCUUUCUCACGGCCGCAUGGUUUUAGUCAUUGGAAUGGGUUUUAGACCGCCACCCAGACCUCAUAUCCAUUUUUGGCAACAAAUAAUAAUGUUAUUGCGUUUUUUCCGUCGCGUUGGAAGUCAUGCAAAUGGCCGUGGUUUUUGGCUUUACUUUAGUUGACUAUUAAGAUAGGGCAUUGUAUGAUGUUGUGUUGGUCAAGUGCCUUUAGUUGACUAUUAAAAUAGGGCAUUGUAUGAUGUUGUGUUGGUCAAGUGCCUUUAGUUGACUAUUAAAAUAGGGCAUUGUAUGAUGUUGUGUUGGUCAAGUGCCUUUAGUUGACUAUUAAAAUAGGGCAUUGUAUGAUGUUGUGUUGGUCAAGUGCCUUUAGUUGACUAUUAAAAUAGGGCAUUGUAUGAUGUUGUGUUGGUCAAGUGCCUUUAGUUGACUAUUAAAAUAGGUCAUUGUAUGAUGUCAUGUUGGUCAAGUGCCUUUAGUUGACUAUUAAAAUAGGGCAUUGUAUGAUGUUGUGUUGGUCAAGUGCCUUUAGUUGAGAUAAUUUUAUCCCGUAACAUACUACAACACAACCAGUUCACCCUUUAGUUGACUAUUAAAAUAGGGCAUUGUAUGAUGUUGUGUUGGUCAAGUGCCUUUAGUUGACUAUUAAAAUAGGUCAUUGUAUGAUGUUGUGUUGGUCAAGUACAAUUCUGAGACUUUAUUGCACUAUUUUGGGAUUUCCAGUGUCACCGGGUCUGUGAGGUGGACUAUAUGGUCUCAUUUUGUGGAUUAGUGAGAGGUGCUAUCUGGAUUUAUUAUGUGGAUAUUGAGAUCUAUAAUGUGGAUUCAUGACUCGGGAUAUUGAGUUGUACUAUGUGGAUUCCUUAUGUGAAUGAUUGUGUUUGUUAGGGCUUGUGAGUUCAAUGAUUUGAAAGUGAUUAGAACCAAUGGUCAAUAACAUGUAGACCAAAGAACUUGAUUCUAGUCCAAUGACCUUGAUAUUUCUUCAUAUUGCAGAUAUUCAAGGAAACCAGAGCCAUGUUGAGCUCAAACAAAACAUCUGUUAAGGUGAUCUAAAGCUAAUUGAUUUUUUUACCUUGUGUUCAUUAAGAAGUCCAAUCUAGAGCACAUCACUUUCUAAUUUUGCGUUCAUUAAGAAUUCAAACUGUGACUUCCUGCUGUUAGGAUCACUACUGUUGUGACAAGCAACUAAAACAACUGACAUCUGCGAUACGCAUAAUUUUUGACUGUUGAGAAUUAAAAAUUAUCUUGUGUUUGAAAAUGAGAUUAUUAGAUUAUUGUAUUUUGUGUCAUGAUAUUAAUUAAUAAGUCAAGGUUAUCUUGUGAUAUUUUCUCAGUAUUCUUACAAGGCCUUGGCUGAUGUAGAAGUAAACACUCUGGUAAACGUCUACGGCGUUGUCAAAUUUUACAAACCCCCUAUCCAAAGUCGUGGAACAGGUAGGCUCAAUAGAAUAUUAUUAUUAUUAUUAGAAUGUGGACCUGUUUAGAGGAUCAUUCACAAUACUAUAGACAAUUACAACGUAAUGUGGCCUGCUAUAAGAGAACCAUUCGCUGUAAUUUAUUAAAUUACCAUUAUUGGUACGUGUUAAGAAGAGUUGUUCCUACUUGAUUGUUACAACUUGAUUCUAAAUCAAAAUUUCUUCCUGCUGUUGUAGUAAUUUAUUUAUUAAAACUUGAAUCUAUCAAAACUUUUCUUCCUGCUGUUGUAGUGAUUUAUUUAUUAAAGUUUGAAUCUAUCGAAACUUUUCUUCCUGCUGUUGUAGUGAUUUAUUUAUUAAAACUUGAAUCUAUCGAAACUUUUCUUCCUGCUGUUGUAGUGAUUUAUUUAUUGCAACUUGAAUCUAUCGAAACUUUUCUUCCUGCUGUUGUAGUGAUUUAUUUAUUACAACUUGAAUCUAUCAAAACUUUUCUUCCUGCUGUUGUAGUGAUUUAUUUAUUACAACUUGAAUCUAUCGAAACUUUUCUUCCUGCUGUUGUAGUGAUUUAUUUAUUAAAACUUGAAUCUAUCGAAACUUUUCUUCCUGCUGUUGUAGUGAUUUAUUUAUUGCAACUUGAAUCUAUCGAAACUUUUCUUCCUGCUGUUGUAGUGAUUUAUUUAUUACAACUUGAAUCUAUCAAAACUUUUCUUCCUGCUGUUGUAGUGAUUUAUUUAUUACAACUUGAAUCCAUCGAAACUUUUCUUCCUGUUGUUGUGAUUUAUUUAUUAAAACUUGAAUCUAUCGAAACUUUUCUUCCUGCUGUUGUAGUGAUUUAUUUAUUGCAACUUGAAUCUAUAGAAACUUUUCUUCCUGCUGUUGUAGUGAUUUAUUUAUUACAACUUGAAUCUAUCGAAACUUUUCUUCCUACUGUUGUAGUAAUUUAUUUAUUAAAACUUGAAUCUAUCAAAACUUUUCUUCCUGCUGUUGUAGUGAUUUAUUUAUUGCAACUUGAAUCUAUAGAAACUUUUCUUCCUGCUGUUGUAGUGAUUUAUUUAUUACAACUUGAAUCUAUCGAAACUUUUCUUCCUACUGUUGUAGUGAUUUAUUUAUUACAACUUGAAUCUAUCGAAACUUUUCUUCCUACUGUUGUAGUAAUUUAUUUAUUAAAACUUGAAUCUAUCAAAACUUUUCUUCCUACUGUUGUAGUGAUUUAUUUAUUAAAACUUGAAUCUAUCGAAACUUUUCUUCCUACUGUUGUAGUGAUUUAUUUAUUACAACUUGAAUCUAUCGAAACUUUUCUUCCUACCGCUGCAGUGAUUUAUUUGUUACAACAUGAGUCUCUUCAAAUUGAAUUAUUUAGCUUAACUCUUAUUAAAUAGAAUCUUUGGCACAAGUACAGACAGACCUGAGAUAAGCUCAGUGAACCAAUCACCUCUAGUUUUACUAACAAAAAAUGAUUGAUGAGCACUCAACUAUCUACUGUAUGAUACGUAACAACAGUUUAAUUUGAAUGGCAUGCUACUAUCUACUGUAUGAUACAACAGUUUAUAGGUUUUGUUUCAGACCACUUCUGUUUCGUUAGCCUUGUUGACCCUAGUCUUGAGGAUCCAGAUGCCAAGCUGACCUGUAACCUCUUCAGUCGUGACCCUAACAAGUUGCCCACCCUGGAGCCUGGACAUGUUGUACGAUUUCACAGACUGAAGGUGUGUAUUAUGACUUAAAAUAUUUUUAAUGAUUCUCAACAAAAUGAAGUUGUACUCUGUAGUUUGUUAUCUAUUUAAAAGUGGGUUGUCUAUGAGUCGCAACUUUUAAAACCUAACAUUAUUGUAAUGGUUUUUAGAACUAACAUAUACGUACAUACGUUUAGGAAAACUGUAACAGGGAAACAAGUGUGUGUGGCUUAUGAGUGAGUCAUAUGAGAUUUGCAUGAUUUCCCCCAGGUACAAUGAAUAAUUUAACUUUUAUUGUAGAUCAUCAAGGUAGUAGUCUACAAGAUUCAUAAAUAUGUCAUCAAUCUGUGAAGUUGUCAUCAAUCUGUGCAGUUGUCAUCAAUCUGUGAAGUUUUCAUCAAUCUGUGCAGUUGUCAUCAAUCUGUGCAGUUGUCAUCAAUCUGUGAAGUUGUCAUUAAUCUGUGCAGUUGUCAUCAAUCUGUGAAGUUGUCAUCAAUCUGUGAAGUUGUCAUCGAUCUGUAAAGUUGUCAUUAAUGUGUGCAGUUGUCAUCAAUCUGUGCAGUUGUCAUUAAUCUGUGCAGUUGUCAUCAAUCUGUGAAGUUGUCAUCAAUCUGUGAAGUUGUCAUCGAUCUGUAAAGUUGUCAUUAAUGUGUGCAGUUGUCAUCAAUCUGUGCAGUUGUCAUCAAUCUGUGAAGUUGUCAUUAAUCUGUCAAGUUGUCAUCAAUCUGUGAAGUUGUCAUCAAUCUGUGCAGUUUUCAUAAAUCUGUGAAGUUGUCAUCAAUUUGUGAAGUUGUCAUCAAUCUGUGAAGUUGUCAGCAAACUGUGAAGUUGUCAUCAAUCUGUGCAGUUGUCAUCAAUCUGUGAAGUUGUCAUCAAUCUGUGCAGUUGUCAUCAAUCUGUGCAGUUUUCAUCAAUCUGUGAAGUUGUCAUCAAUCUGUGAAGUUGUCAGCAAACUGUGAAGUUGUCAUCAAUCUGUGCAGUUGUCAUCAAUCUGUGAAGUUGUCAUUAAUUUGUGCAGUUGUCAUCAAUCUGUGAAGUUGUCAUUAAUUUGUGCAGUUGUCAUCAAUCUGUGAAGUUGUCAUUAAUUUGUACAGUUGUCAUCAAUCUGUGAAGUUGUCAUUAAUUUGUGCAGUUGUCAUCAAUCUGUGAAGUUGUCAUUAAUUUGUGCAGUUGUCAUCAAUCUGUGAAGUUGUCAUUAAUUUGUGCAGUUGUCAUAGAUCUGUGAAGUUGUCAUUAAUUUGUGCAGUUGUUAUCAGUCUAUGAAGUUGUCAUUAGUCUAUCAGAAAACAUGUGGUUAAAGUCCUUUUGAUUCUUUGCUUUAAAAGUUCAAUCAAGUGUAGACAGCUACAAUUUAACAUUUUUCUUGUUUACAUUGACCAAUCAAUUUAAGUGAAAUUCAUAAUUUAUAUUUUAUUGAUGCUGAGAAACCAUAAAAAUGGUUUUUUAAGAGAGAAAUCCUAAAAAUUGUUUCUAAAGAGAGAAAUCAUAAAAAUUAUCAGCGUCUGAUAAACCGCAUAAACGGACUAAUCAAGAAAGCUAGAAACAUAAUGCAAACUAGACAUCCUUCACUCAAAGAACUAUUGAAGAAAGAUAUUUUUGUAAAACUAAACACAUUUUGGAUGAUACAUCCCACCCUCUUCAUCACAGAUACUUAGGAUUAGGCAGUUCGGGACGAAUUCUUUCCAUCAAGGCGAGCACUAAAAGAUAUAAAAAUUCUUUUGUUCCCCAAUCUGUACGAAUUUAAUUUACCGGCGUGCUCCCUCUGAGAACUAAUAAGUCCCCAAUUUGGCUAAGAGAACUCACUGAAUGGCUGUUCGAGAUAAUUUGUUAUAAAUGUCUUGUCUUCAAAUUGUUUUAUUUAUGUGCUGAAGAUGUAUAAUGCAAUCAAAAGACAUUUCCAUUUAUUUGGAUCAAUAAAAGAAUCUUAUCUUAUCUUAAAGAUAGAAAUCAUAAAAAUGGUUUCUAAAGAGAGAAAUCAUAAAAAUUGUUUCUAAAGAGAGAAAUCAUAAAAAUUGUUUCUAAAGAGAGAAAUCAUUAAAAUGGUUUCUAAAGAGAGAAAUCAUAAAAAUGCAUAAGAACCCUUGAAAGCAGUCCUUUCAUUUAUAACUUCUAAAGACCAGUAGGUUCCACUGUUUAUUUGAUAAAUUUUCAGAUUCAAAGCUAUCAAGGACGUCUGCAGGGCUACAAUGGACCAGGCUUUCAGUGGCUUGUCUUCCGAGGAUCUGUAGAAGAUCAACAAUCUUCUAGUAAUAAAUACACAUUUGAGCAGCAAGACGAAGAUAAGGUAGGACCCACUAACACCUCGGUGACCCACUAACGCCUUGAUGACUGACUCACUCACUAACACCUCGGUGACCCACUAAAGCCUUGAUGACUGACUCACUCACUAACACCUCGGUGACCCACUAAUGCCUUGAUGACUGACUCACUCACUAACACCUCGGUGACCCACUAACGCCUUGAUGACUGACUCACUCACUAAUACCUCGGUGACCCACUAACGCCUUGAUGACUGACCCACUCACUAACACCUCGGUGACCCACUAACGCCUUGAUGACUGACCCACUCACUAACACCUCGGUGACCCACUAACGCCUUGAUGACUGAUUCACUUACUAACACCUCGGUGACCCACUAACGCCUUGAUGACUGACCCACUCACUAACACCUCGGUGAGCCUAGCUUCAUUAAAUGAUAGUGUUCAUAAACAAGCAGAGCUGAAGUGGUUGCAUAGAAUACAAAAGUCUUCUUGUGCAUAGCAACCCUUGUUCCAAUAUUUCCAUCACAUGGCCUUGAACUUCAAUGCUGGCCUUCAUAUGAAGAGUCGUUUUUCAAAACGCGGUACCGCCAUUUUAAAAAAAAUGAGAUAACUGUACAUUCUUGUAGAGCAAACCAGGUUUCUUUAGGACAUGUUAAAGUUUAUCCACAAAACACAUUUUAAUCCUAUAUUAUUCUAUGUCUAAAAAUGAUUUUAUUUUCAAAACGCGUGUGAAUUUUUUUUGAUUAACAAAAUGCUGUAUAUAUUUUCGGAUCAAGAUUAAAGGUUAGGAUUUAUCAAUGAAAUAAAAAAAUUCAGAAAAAAUACCAUAUUUUAAUAUUUAAUAAGCUUUUAACAAUAACACAAAUGUUUAACUUCAGACUUUAAUCCAAUGAACAAAAAUAAUAGUCUUAACUUUUGAUAUUUUAAUAUGAAAAUAAUUGGUGUUGUUUUAAUCUUUGUUCAAAUUUAAAUAAUGAAAUCGUAAAAAUGACCAAGUGUAUAAUGUUUGGUCACUUAACUUUGACCGCAAAUGGUUACAAAAUUAACCUGAUGAAGAGAAGACACUAGUCGGAGGAAUAGACCUUAGGAUAUUAUACGCUAUUUCUAGAUAUUUUCCUCUUGAACCGCCAUUCUUAAAGCCAUGUCUAUUGUUACCAAAGUAUCAAAAUCUCCAUUGGUCCGUUGGUCUGGAAGCAUUAUCCAGUGCCUGAAGUUUCCUUUGUAUUUCAAAUUCUAAUUGUCAAUUUCAUUGAUCAUAGAUAUUUCCAACGAGGAAGCAGCUGUCUGACAAAGCUUUUGAAAAUCCACGAUAUGUUUUCGCAUCUGGUCGCAAUCUGGCCUUAGAAAUACGUCCAAGUAGUCACUGGAAUGUGCAGACUUUAAAUGAGAGUGUAGGCCUGAAGUUGUACCUCCUAAUGUUUUAAUUAUCUUGUUACAUCUAAUACUUUUAGCUGAUUAUUGUACGUAGCUUUCAAGACUAAUAACAAACUAAUGUCUUUGUUUCCGAUUGUUUCAUAUGCUUUUCAAAUUUUUUUUCUAUCAAUCUAAAGGGAAAAUUAAUCAUUAAGAAAAAUUUAUUAAUUCAAUCAAAUUGGGUUAACGUGUGCAACUUUUUUUUUUAAUGUUUAAAUUUUCAUGUAAAUGUAUUGCUAAGUACCGUAAAGACAAACUGUGAAAUUUAGCCUGAGACAAAAUAGCUCGAAAAUCAAUUAUGAGGUGAAUGUAAUUUAUUAAUAUUGUUAUCACAUAAUAGAAGUAACUUAAUUUUUACGUGUCUUAAACAUAAGGUAUUUGAUUAUCAAAAUACUGAUUUACUCAUAUUUUUAAAUAUAUAGGUUUUUAGGCAUAAUUAAAAUAAAUAAACAAUCAACAAUUUUUUUAUAUUUUAAAAUUGACACCGUGAUUGGAGUUCUACGUGCUAUUAUUUCCAUACAAAAUCUUAAUGAAAGUCAAAAUCCCGGUUUUCAUAAAUACAAUCCCGGUUUUUUCGAACAUCAAUUAUGGUCAGGUAUUCCGGUAUUUUCGAAUUUCUGGAUCCCGGAUUGCAACCCAUAAAUCAGAAGUGCUAAGGAAAUUAAAGUAAAAAGUUGCUUUACAGAGUUAGCUGUGUUAUUUAUUAAACAUUCAAUCCUUCACAGCAUAUAUAUAGAGCAUACUGCAUUUUGUCGCUAAUUUAUAGGUGGAUACACAGCAUUUUAAAACAAAAUAAGAAAUUGAAAAUGGUAAAUAAAUACAUUUUAAUUAACCUACAUUUCAAUUUUCAUCAUAAUCGAACUUAUAUUUUGAAUAAUAUAACCUAAAUUAACUUUUACUUUUCCGAAAAUUUGAGCCCUCAUUGUGUAGCAGAAAAAGUCGAAUAUCUCAAAAUGCCAAAAAUGGAGAAACAGCAUUUUUAAAAUCGUUUCUUCAUAUAUUAUCUAACUUAAACCCUUCUAGUACUGACCUACUUUUUGCUAUAUAUAGCCUCCGUACCGGCUAAUAUUUUGCUAAUUAUUCCUUGUGGCCCAGACAUUAUUAUGGAAUGAGCCAAAAUUUGAUAGGUUUGCAAAUUAUUUUGUAACUUUUUUGUUUUAAACAAUUGAUGAUAACAUGUAGAGAAUUAUAUGUUUAGAAAUGGAUAAGGGUGUUAAACAUACUAAAGUGUUUUGUUCACACUUUUCAUUGGGAAUGCCAAACUAGGGGAUUGUGAGGCUAGCACAGUGUCCAGUGGAUCUUCAUCUCAAUCAAUAUCCACGUUGGGACUAGGGCUAAAACCCGUCAAACAUACAGGCUCCUGUAGGCGUAAAUUUUGAGCUGUAGUAGGACUACACCCUUCAACAAUUUCAUCCCUCUCUUCCUCGUCAGCAUCAGAAUCAUUAACUCCCAAUUAAAGCUCAGUAAUGGUUUCAGAACAAAAGGUUUCAUCAAGUGGGCGUAGGUCGUCAUAAUUAAUAGCGCUAGGUGGCGCCAUGGAAACAACUAAUACAGAUCUGCACAAAAAACUCAGUAAUUGGUCUAUUUUCAUAAUUUAAAAGGCAAAAUAAAAUUCAACUAUUCGGCUAACGAAUACACAUUCAGUCCGAGACUAUAGCCCAGGUUAUAUCCCUGUUUUUGUGUUUAUAUUAGAUUAGGCGACCUGCCGCGUAGCAUACGCCGCAAGCUUGUUGGGGUGCGUGCAUGGCUGGCAAGCGAGGGUGGUGCAGGGGGGGGGGCGGUAGCUCCACCGCAGUGCGCAUGUCUCUAGACCAACGAAGGGAACGGAGGGUUUGCCUGCAUCUUGCUUGCUCUGGCAUAUCUAUAUAUAGCCUGGGUCGUCUUCCUGGUUGCCCUACUUCUUCUGGCAAUUUAUAUAUAUGGAUAACCUUCUAUGUGGCAAAUAGACAAGCUUUGGCCACAAGGAAAAAAAUUGGCUGGUGAAAAAAGAUGAGCUUCGGCCACAGGAAAAAACGAAGGUCACUGCAAAAAGGCACGCCUGGUAGUUUAAGGGUUAACCAAAUAAAAUCUUAUCAUUUCCUUCGUUAAUUAAUUGAAACUAUUUGAUGGUUGAUUAAGGAAAAAUUUGGAAUAUUGUAUUUAUUCACAGUUUACAUAAACAUUUAUGUUUCUAUACAUUUUGUCUAUAUCAUUACAUUGUUCAUACCAUCACAUUGUUCGUACCAUCACAUUGUUUACACCAUCCCAUUGUUUAUACCAUCCCAUUGUUUAUACCAUCACAUUGUUUACACCAUCCCAUUGUUUAUACCAUCCCAUUGUUUAUACCAUCACAUUGUUUACACCAUCCCAUUGUUUAUACCAUCACAUUGUUUAUACCAUCACAUUUUUUAUACCAUCACAUUGUUUAUGCCAUCACUUUGUUUAUACCAUCACAUUGUUUAUACCAUCACAUUGUUUAUACCAUCACAUUGUUUAUACCAUCACAUUGUUUAUACCAUCACUUUGUUUAUACCAUCACAUUGUUUAUACCAUUCCAUUGUUUAUACCAUCACAUUGUUUAUACCAUCCCAUUGUUUAUGCAAUCACAUUGUUUAUACCAUCACAUUGUUUAUACCAUCCCAUUGUUUAUACCAUCACAUUGUUUAUACCAUCACAUUGUUUAUACCAUCAAAUUGUUUAUACCAUCCCAUUGUUUAUACCAUCACAUUGUUUAUACCAUCCCAUUGUUUAUACCAUCACAUUGUUUAUACCAUCACAUUGUUUAUACCAUCCCAUUGUUUAUACCAUCCCAUUGUUUAUACCAUCCCAUUGUUUAUACCAUCACAUUGUUUAUACCAUCCCAUUGUUUAUACCAUCCCAUUGUUUAUGCUAUCCCAUUGUUUAUACCAUCACAUUGUUUAUGCCAUCCCAUUGUUUAUACCAUCCCAUUGUUUAUGCCAUCCCAUUGUUUAUACCAUCACAUUGUUUAUGCCAUCCCAUUGUUUAUACCAUCACAUUGUUUAUACCAUCACAUUGUUUAUACCAUCACAUUGUUUAUACCAUCACAUUGUUUAUACCAUCACAUUGUUUAUACCAUCCCAUUGUUUAUACCAUCCCAUUGUUUAUACCAUCACAUUGUUUAUACCAUCCCAUUGUUUAUACCAUCCCAUUGUUUAUACCAUCACAUUGUUUAUGCCAUCCCAUUGUUUAUGCCAUCCCAUUGUUUAUACCAUCACUUUGUUUAUACCAUCACAUUGUUUAUACCAUCACAUUGAUUAUACCAUCACUUUGUUUAUACCAUCACUUUGUUUAUACCAUCACAAUGUUUAUACCAUCACAAUGUUUACGCCAUCACUUUGUUUAUACCAUCACAAUGUUUACUCCAUCACAUUGUUUAUACCAUCACAAUGUUUAUACCAUCACAUUGUUUAUACCAUCACAUUGUUUAUACCAUCACAUUGUUUAUACCAUCACAUUGUUUAUACCAUCACAAUGUUUAUACCAUCACAUUGUUUAUACCAUCACAUUGUUUAUACCAUCACAUUGUUUAUACCAUCACAAUGUUUAUACCAUCACAAUGUUUACGCCAUCACUUUGUUUAUACCAUCACAAUGUUUACGCCAUCACAUUGAUUAUACCAUCCCAUUGUUUAUACCAUCACAUUGUUUAUACCAUCACAUUGUUUAUACCAUCACAUUGUUUAUACCAUCACAUUGUUUAUACCAUCACAAUGUUUACGCCAUCACUUUGUUUAUACCAUCACAAUGUUUACGCCAUCACAUUGUUUACACCAUCACAUUGUUUAUACCAUCACAUUGUUUAUACCAUCCCAUUGUUUAUACCAUCACAUUGUUUAUACCAUCACAUUGUUUAUACCAUCACAUUGUUUAUACCAUCACAUUGAUUAUGCCAUCACAUUGUUUUUGCCAUUACAUUGUUUUUACACCACCACAUUGUUUAUACAAUCACAUUGUUUAUACAAUCACAUUGGUAAUGACAUCAUUCAUUUUACAAUAUAAUAAACUUUAUUCAAUUGAACUAUUUAUUAACUCCAAAAACCAUGUACACAGACUAAAAAAACCCCACCUACAUAGACUCCAAAAUCCAGUACAUAGACUGCCAAAACCAUAGACACAGACUGCCAAAACCAUAGACACAGACUAGCAAAACCAUAGACACAGACUGCCAAAACCAUAGACACAGACUGCCAAAACCAUAGACACAGACUGCCAAAACCAUAGACACAGACUGCCAAAACCAUAGACACAGACUGCCAAAACCAUAGACACAGACUGCCAAAACCAUAGACACAGACUGNAUACACAGACUGCCAAAACCAAAGACACAGAAUGCCAAAACCAUAGACACAGACUGCCAAAACCAUAGACACAGACUGCCAAAACCAUAGACACAGACUGCCAAAACCAUAGACACAGACUGCCAAAAACCAUAGACACAGACUGCCAAAACCAUAGACACAGACUGCCAAAACCAUAGACACAGACUGUCAAAAACCAUAGACACAGACUGCCAAAAACCAUAGACACAGACUGCCUAAAACCAUGUACAAAGAGUCCUGAAAACGAGAUGUCCAACUGUAUUUUAACUGAUUCCUUUUUUUGAUAACACUUAACUUCAUGCACAUUGAUGUGCAGGUCAAAAGUCUGAUGGACUGGUAUACAGCAAGUAAAACUACAACCUUAGGGCAAGCCACACCCACCAGCUUCUUUAAUGUAGUAUGUCAGGUAAAUAGGUCGGUUCAUUUUGGAAUCAUUUGUCUUAAAGUUAUUUAUCCAAAUUGUUAUAAAUAGUUCUACUUCAUACUGACGUACAAAUGCGCAAUUCACUUUUUGCAUGUGUAGGUUUCUAUAUGGGAGAGUUCAGAUUUGUUAUCACAAAGAAUAGGCUUGUGUGGCAGAACCUUUUCUUUUCAACAACUAUUAACUUAGUAAACCAAUUUGUAGUAUUUUCAGUAUUUUCCAGAUGUAUCUGUAUUUUUUCUUGAAAUAAUUUUGUCAUUUUAAUUUUCAGGUUGUGAGAAUUUGUGAUCUGGAUUCUACCUGUAAAAUGAUAAGUGUAUGGGAUGGCACUAAAUUUGAUGGGUUUGUUUUUCUAUCAUACACAUAUCUUUCUAGCAUUUCUUUCACCUGUCACAUCAUACACAUAUCUUUCUAGCAUUUCUUUCACCUGUCACAUGAUACACAUAUCUUUCUAGCAUUUCUUUCACCUGUCACAUGAUACAUAUAUCUUUUUUUCAUUUGUUUCACUUGUCACAUCAUACACAUAUCUUUUUAACUCUUCUUUCACAUGUCACAUUUAUACACAUACCCUAUAGCACUUGUUUCACCUGUCACAUUAUACACAUACCCUUUAGCACUUGUUUCACCUGUCACAUUAUACACAUAUCUUUUUAGCACUGGUUAACACUAUUGUGCUGGAAAUGAACCAGUACAAUGUAAUCAUCUAUCUCUUCCAAUCAGUGAAGCAUACAGUGUAUCUUAAAUACCCCCCACCCCGUUCACACCAAAUACAAUGCCCCCACCCUCUGGAGCUACACCUGACACACUAAUCACUAACUCAUUUUUGAGGCAUAUUAUUACUAUCAAGACUUUCCCACCAAGUUUCCCUCGUGGUUGCUAAAUCAAGUUUUGUCAUUCUCUCUCGUUGUAGUCCAUUAAAGUUUGUGAAGAAGGAGGACAUGAAGUCGGCCGUCCUACAGGAUGACACGCUGAUGCAAUGCUCCAAGGACUUGGCUGUAGAUGUCUUUCUCUUUGACAACCAUGUCACAGGUGCCAGCAUUAUUCAAGUGGGUAUAGCAUUUAGAGAUGAACAGAUAGAAGACUAGAUAAAUAAUCAAAUAAAAAGCAUUUGUCGCUUAAUGAUAAUCCAAAAAGAAAAAUAUGAAUUGGUUUUCUUAGUGAUCUCUAAACAGUUUGAGUUAAGAUAUUGUCAUGACAUCCUGUUGAGUCCAUGUCCACAACAGCCUACAUUGUAGAGUGGCACAGCUACUACUGCCAUGUCGGAGCCCAACAACCAGUGGGAUUAGAAACAGAAUGUUGAGCAAGGCUUCUAAAAGUUUUGUUUGGGGGGGGGGUGGUAAUUGCUCCUCUCUUCUACACAGGAUACAAACGGUGCUGAAAUUGGCCAUUGUUGUUUAUAGUGUAACAUAAAAGUUGUGUAGUUUAUAGAUACAGUGUAACAUACAAGUUGUGUAGUUUAUAGAUACAGUGUAACAUACAAGUUGUGUAGUUUAUAGAUACAGUGUAACAUAAAAGUUGUGUAGUUUAUAGAUACAUUGUAACAUACAAGUUGUGUUGUUUAUAGAUACAGUGUAACAUAAAAGUUGUGUAGUUUAUAGAUACAGUGUAACAUACAAGUUGUGUAGUUUAUAGAUACAGUGUAACAUACAAGUUGUGUAGUUUAUAGAUACAGUGUAACAUAAAAGUUGUGUAGUUUAUAGAUACAUUGUAACAUACAAGUUGUGUUGUUUAUAGAUACAGUGUAACAUAAAAGUUGUGUAGUUUAUAGAUACAGUGUAACAUACAAGUUGUGUAGUUUAUAGAUACAGUGUAACAUACAAGUUGUGUAGUUUAUAGAUACAUUGUAACAUACAAGUUGUGUAGUUUAUAGAUACAGUGUAACAUAAAAGUUGUGUAGUUUAUAGAUACAGUGUAACAUACAAGUUGUGUAGUUUAUAGAUACAUUGUAACAUACAAGUUGUGUUGUUUAUAGAUACAGUGUAACAUACAAGUUGUGUUGUUUAAAGAUACAGUGUAACAUAAAAGUUAUCUUGUUUAUAGAUACAGCGUAACAUAAAAGUUGUCUUGUUUAUAGAUACAGUGUAACAUACAAGUUGUGUAGUUUAUAGAUACAGUGUAACAUACAAGUUGUGUAGUUUAUAGAUACAUUGUAACAUACAAGUUGUGUAGUUUAUAGAUACAGUGUAACAUAAAAGUUGUGUAGUUUAUAGAUACAGUGUAACAUACAAGUUGUGUAGUUUAUAGAUACAUUGUAACAUACAAGUUGUGUUGUUUAUAGAUACAGUGUAACAUACAAGUUGUGUUGUUUAAAGAUACAGUGUAACAUAAAAGUUAUCUUGUUUAUAGAUACAGCGUAACAUAAAAGUUGUCUUGUUUAUAGAUACAGUGUAACAUAAAAGUUGUUUUGUUUAUAGAUACAGUGUAACAUAAAAGUUGUCUUGUUUAUAGAUACAGUGUAACAUAAAAGUUGUCUUGUUUAUAGAUACAGGGUAACAUAAAAGUUGUGUUGUUUAUAGAUACAGUGUAACAUACAAGUUGUUUUGUUUAUAGAUACAGCGUAACAUAAAAGUUGUCUUGUUUAUAGAUACAGUGUAACAUAAAAGUUGUCUUGUUUAUAGAUACAGUGUAACAUAAAAGUUGUCUUGUUUAUAGAUACAGUGUAACAUAAAAGUUGUCUUGUUUAUAGAUACAGGGUAACAUAAAAGUUGUGUUGUUUAUAGAUACAGUGUAACAUACAAGUUGUUUUGUUUAUAGAUACAGCGUAACAUAAAAGUUGUGUUGUUUAUAGAUACAGCGUAACAUAAAAGUUGUGUUGUUUAUAGAUACAGUGUAACAUAAAAGUUGUGUUGUUUAUAGAUACAGCGUAACAUAAAAGUUGUGUUGUUUAUAGAUACAGUGUAACAUAAAAGUUGUGUAGUUUAUAGAUACAGUGUAAUAUAAAAGUUGUUUUGUUUAUAGAUAAGUGUAACAUAAAAUUUGUGUAGUUUAUAGAUACAGUGUAAUAUAAAAGUUGUUUUGUUUAUAGAUACAGCGUAACAUACAAGUUGUGUUGUUUAAAGAUACAGUGUAACAUAAAAGUUGUUUUGUGUAUAGAUAUAGCGUAACAUAAAAGUUGUGUUGUUUAUAGAUACAGCGUAACAUAAAAGUUGUUUUGUUUAUAGAUACAGUGUAACAUAAAAGUUGUCUUGUUUAUAGAUACAGCGUAACAUAAAAUUUGUGUAGUUUAUAGAUACAGUGUAACAUAAAAGUUGUUUUGUUUAUAGAUAUAGCGUAACAUAAAAGUUGUGUUGUUUAUAGAUACAGCGUAACAUACAAGUUGUGUUGUUUAUAGAUACAGUGUAACAUAAAAGUUGUUUUGUUUAUAGAUACAGCGUAACAAAAGUUGUGUUGUUUAUAGAUACAGCGUAACAUAAAAGUUGUGUUGUUUAUAGAUACAGUGUAACAUAGAAGUUGUAUAGUUCAUAGAUACAGCGUAACAUAAAAGUUGUUUUGUUUAUAGAUACAGCGUAACAAAAGUUGUGUUGUUUAUAGAUACAGUGUAACAUAGAAGUUGCAUAGUUUAUAGAUACAGCGUAACAUAAAAGUUGUUUUGUUUAUAGAUACAGUGUUACAUAAAAGUUUCUAAAACCUUACAUAAAUAAAUCAAUUUAACUUACAAAUACUUGAAUAGCAAUAUAAAUAUAGAUUUAAACAAAAAUAGGAAAAUAAUAUAUAUAGUAUGCAGGUUCAAAAUAAAUAGUUUUAUAAUAUAUUGGUUUAUAAUAAAUUGUUUUAUAAUAAAAAUGUUUAAAAUAAAUGGGUUUAUAUUAUAUAGAUUUGUAAUAUAUAGAUUUAUAAGAUAUAGGUUUAUAAUAUACAGGCGUAUAAUAAAAAGUUUAGAUUUCAAUUUAUAAUAUUUAUAUAUAAGUUUGAAAUGUUGUUUUUUUCAGUUAAAAAAUGAAAAUUCUUUGAAUUAACUUGUACCACUUUCAGCCUGGUGACUAUGUCUUGCUUACCAACCUUCACGCAUCUGUGGUCAACGGCCUGGUCGAGUUGACGUUGCAUGGGGGGACAAGCUUUUCACGGAAGAUCGAAGUGCUGGAGGAUAGUUGUGAAGAUGUGCAGACUUUAAAGUCUGUUCUACAUCCCCUCAAGCAGGCUGGCGGUCCCAGCGAACAGCUGGAUGACCUUGAACCCCAACAAUCAAAGAAACACGCUAAAAGAAAAUCUGGUGGAACUGUUGAUGGAAAAGCGGAAGGAGUGUUACCUGCUAACAGAAAAUCUGGUGGAACUGUUGAGGAAAGUAUGAGUGAAUUCAGACCAUCAGAUUCUCAUUGUGCUAACGUGGCGUCAAUUGAUCCAUCAGAUGAAGUGGAAUCUGAAAACUCAUCUGAUCCAAGCUCACAGAGCCAGAUACUAUGGGUUUCAGCUUAUGACGACUCAGACUACGAGCGAGAGAUGAGGAAGAAGAGGACAUUUUCUCGUAGAUCCCAUCAAGGAAACGUUCAAUCUUCCGGGAAGUUUAAGAAACAUUUAUCAGUUGUUAAAGAAAGCAAAUCAACCGUUCAACCUUGCGGUUCUCAAACAUCUUCUCAGGAAACAUUCUACACUGCCGCCAGCCCUGAAAGCCAGGUCACGGUGGCGAACGAUUUGAAUGAAGAACAGAUAUCCCCUAAGUCAAAGCUCAGAUCUGCUGUUAAGCUGUCCUUGAAGUCACCAGCAAACAGUCCAUCUAAACAAAACAGUCCAUCUAAACAAAAAAGCCAAUCUAAACAAGAAAGUCCAUCUAAACAAGAAAGUCCAUCUAAACAAAAAAGUCUAACUAAACAAAACAGUCCAAGUAAAAAACUUGGUCCAGGUAGAAUAAUGAGUCCAAGUAAAAAGAGCAUUCCUUUGAAAAGAAAAAGGGAACAAUUAUCUCAGGAUGAAAUGAUAGCAGACCCUCUUUAUGGA